AUGCCGCUCCAACGUCUCGAGAUCGAGAAUUUCAAGUCAUACCGCGGCCAUCAGGUCGUUGGUCCUUUCAAUGCCUUCACUGCUGUCAUCGGCCCAAAUGGGAGUGGAAAGUCGAACCUCAUGGACGCCAUCUCGUUUGUGCUUGGCGUCCGCUCCGCUCAGCUUCGAUCCAGUCAGCUCAAGGAUCUCAUCUUCCGCGGUCGCAAGAUGGCAGCAGACGAUGACGAAGUCUCCUCGGCUUCAGACGAUGAUGAUCAGGGCGAAGGUACAGCCGCCAAAGCCAGCGUCACCGCCAUCUACCAAGAUGCAAAGGGCUACGAGCAUCGCUUUCAGCGUUCAAUUACCAUCUCCGGCGGCAGCGAAUACAGGUACAAUGGUCGAGCCAUCCAAUAUGCACAGUACAACACCAAGCUCGAGCAGUUCAACAUCCUCGUGAAGGCAAAGAACUUCCUCGUCUUCCAGGGCGACGUAGAAGCCGUCGCGUCUCAGGGUGCCAAGGAGCUCAGCCGACUCAUUGACCAGAUCAGUGGCUCCCUCGAGCUCAAGGACGAGUACGAGCGAGCAAAGGAAGCACAGGAGCGUGCCACCGACAACUCCACCUUCAACUUCAACAAACGCAGAGGCAUCAACUCGGAGCUCAAGCAGUUCCGUGAACAGAAGAGCGAAGCCGAAAAGUUCGAGCGUCUCCAGCACGAGCGAGUCCAGCACAUCCUCAAUCACGUCCUAUGGCGACUUUUCCACAUCAACGAGGACAUCGAGCUCAACACCGACUUUGUCAAGACACAAGCCAAGAACAUGCGUCCCUUGCGCACAGAACACAAAAGGGCCGAGGACGCCGUUUCGCGGGCGCGACGAGAUCAAGGGCAGACCCAGACCGAAAUGCUCCAAGUCGAAAAGGCGAUUAAGCGAAAGCAACGUGAUGUCGAAGAUCUGCGACCGACGCUCGAUGCCUACGAAGAGAAGAUCGCCAUCUCUCGCAAAAAGCUCGAAAACGGUGCCCGAAUGACCGAGCAGGUCGAGCGCGAUCUCGAAAGGCAGCAAGCCAACCUCGCCAAGCUUGAGAGCGACCGCCAGACCGUCCAACGAGCUGCCGACCGUGCCGCUCAAGAGCAACAGCGUGCCCUUCAAUCCGCUGGUCUCACGCUGAACGAAGCCGACUUGGCUGAGUACCACAGCCUCAAAGCCCAAGCCAACCUCGAAGCUGUCGCCGAACGUCAAGAGCUUGACGGCCUCAAACGUGAAGCGAGAAUCAAGACGGAUGCCGUCAAAGAUUUUGAGGACAAGAGCGGACAAUUCUCGAAGCAAAAGGAAAAGCUCAAGGACGAAGAAUCGACGCUCUCGGAGCGUCAGUCUUCCCUUGAGACCAAGCGCAGUGGUACCGACGCCGAACUCCAAGCAGCUCGUGACGAGCUCAACAAGACACAAGCCAAGCUCACCGCCAUCAAUCAGCGGGAGACCAAGCUCAACGAUACCCUUCAGAUGUGCUACAGCAAGCUCUUGCAAGCCCGAAACGAUCUCACAGAGGUGGAGCGAGAGGCGGCCAUGAAGGAGACUAUGGCCAAACUUCAGCGCAUCUUCCCCGGUGUCCGCGGUCGUGUAGUCGACCUCUGCAAGCCGGUGCAGCGCAAGUACGACACCGCCAUCGCCACUGUGCUCGGACGCAACACGGACGCCAUCAUCGUCGACCAGGAAAAGACGGCCAUCGACUGCAUCGAGUACCUUCGCAACACACGCGCCGGGCAAGCCACCUUCCUUCCUCUCGAUCGCAUCCAGGCUAAGCCGAUCAAUGAUCGUCUGAGAAGUAUCGCUCGAGGCGCUCGUCUCGCCGUCGAUGUCAUUCAGUUUGACGCGUCCAUCGAGCGAGCAAUCCACCAUGCUUGCGGUAAUGCACUGGUUUGCGACACAAUGGACAUUGCUCGAUCCGUCGUCUACGACAAGAAGGUCGAUGCCAAGGCUGUCACGUUGGAAGGCACCGUCAUCCACAAGAGUGGGCUCAUCACUGGUGGUCAGUCGAGCUCGUCUGGAGGCAAGCGAUGGGAGGAGCGCGAGCUGCAAGGGCUUGCCACCCAGCGCGACAAGUGCCUCAACGAGCUCAAGGAACUCCAAAAGGAGAAGCGCGCGUUUAGCAGCGACGAUGAAUUGGUCGCCAACAUCACCCGCCUCGAAGCGGAUCUCAAGUCGGUACAGGACGAGCUGGCGGCCGUCAAGACCCGACUCACCGGCAUCCGUGAUGAGCUCAAGAACAUCGACAAGCAGACCAAGGAGAUUCAGCCCAAGCUGCGCACCGCCAAGAGCGAGCUCGACAAGGUGCAGCGUCAGAUGUCGACGCUCGAGACCGUUGUCAACCGCGAAGAGGACCGCAUCUUCGGUGCAUUCUGCCGACGUAUCGGCGUCGACAACAUUCGCGAGUACGAAGAGCGCCAGGUGCGCCUGAUGGAGCGUCAAAGCGAUGCCAAGCUGCAAUUCGAAUCGCAGUUGGCGCGUCUGAAUCACCAAGCCAACUUCGAACGUCAGCAGAUCACGAAUACCCAAGAGCGUCUCGAGACCUUGAACAAGGCCAUCGCGCGCGAGAAAGAGAGGCUGCAGGCGUCGCAGGCUUCCAAGCAGGGCAAGCAGGAGGAGCUCGACGGUUUGGUGCAAGAGAUUUCCGAAAUGCAGUCGCAGCUGUCAGGGCUGCAAGAGCAGAAUCAGGCCAAGAAGGCGACGCUGGAAGAGAAACGGACGGACUUGCAGAAGGCUGCACGACUGCUCGACUCGCUGUCCAAGGAGAUCGCCGCUCGCAACGACGAGAUCGAGCGCCUCGGAUCCGAACGAGCUGCGAUCUACCGCCGAUGUCGACUGGAAGAGAUUGCAUUGCCGUUGCUCAAGGGUUCGCUGGCCAAAGUCGGACUGGAAGAGACCAUCGAUGUGGAUCAGCCGAUGGACAUCGAUGACGACGACAAUACGCAGAAGCCCAUGUCUGCGCCCGACUUUGGCAUCCAGGUAGACUUCAGCGGGCUCGACGACGAGGCGAAAGAAGACGGCGGCGCUUCGAUGGGCAACGAGCUGCAGACGCGCAUCGAGAGCGUCACGGCUGAGAUCGAGAAGAUGUCACCGAACAUGAAGGCCGUCGAGCGCCUCGAUGACACGGAAGCCAAGCUCGCCGAGACGGAGAAGGAGUUCGACCGUUCGCGACGACAAGCCAAGGAGGCACGAGACGAGUUCAAUCGGAUCAAAAAACGUCGUUGCGACCUGUUCAACUCUGCAUUCAACCACAUCUCGAAGCAGAUUGAUCCGACGUACAAGGACCUCUCGCGGUCCAAAGCGGCACCCAUGGGAGGAUCUGCCUACCUCUCGAUCGAGAAUACGGAAGAGCCGUAUCUCGGUGGAAUCACCUAUUCGGUCGUCCCGCCGAUGAAGCGGUUCCGCGACAUCACGGCUCUCUCGGGAGGUGAAAAGACCAUGGCUGCACUGGCGCUGUUGUUUGCGAUCCACAGCUUCCAACCGGCCCCGUUCUUCGUGCUGGACGAAGUGGAUGCGGCGUUGGACUCGCAAAACGUCGCCAAGGUGAGCAACUACAUCAGGCAGCAUGCGAGCGAUCAGUUCCAGUUCAUCGUCAUCUCGUUGAAGGCAUCGCUGUACGAGAGGAGCCAGAGUCUGGUGGGUAUCUAUAGGGAUCAGGAGGUCAACUCGAGUAGCAGUUUGACGCUGGAUCUUGAGCAGUAUGCUUAG